GAAAAAUGCAAAAUAAGCACAAAAAGACUAAACCUCAACAAGUUCUGCAAAAGAGAUUACGCAAUAAUGGCCAAAGUGAUUGGACGGGAACAGAGUACCGAGGUAACGAGCAGCGAACAAUAUACCAAAGAAAAUCAAAAUCAACAAAUGAACGACGCCGACAGCGCGGAAACGGACGAACAAAUGGCAACAGUGAAAUUCGAUAUACAGAUACAAGCAAUAUUCAAACGAACACCCCUAGAAUACGCAACUACGAAUACAAUCCUAAGACGAGGUCCUAUGACCUGGAUCAUACCAGUGAAGAAUUUAGAGUGUAGAUGUCCCAAAAUUAAAAUGAAUAAAUCUUAUUUAAUUUUGGGUAAAGAUUCUGAAGCUCCACCCGGUUAUCUGGGUAUUGGUCCUCGUUCUAUUGUUAUUGAGUGGAAAGAUGAAUGGUAUCGGCGCAUGAAACGUUUUCAGCGCAGAGCGCGUACAUGCGAAUAAAUUAGGUUUUAUUUUUAAUUUUAAUAAUUUUAAUUUUAUUUUUCUCUUUAGUAACUACUUACUAUAUCAUUUCAUUAUUAAGCAAUUAUAAGAAUAUUUAAUAUGUAAACUGUAAGCAGUAAAACUUUUUAAACAAAAAAAAAUUAUGAAUAAGAAAAUCUUAAAAAUCACAAAAAAAUUAACAAGUUUUAAAUGUGUAUAAACAAAAGAAAAUUUAAGAAAUUUUUUUAAUUUUUUAGUUUUAACAAUUAACAGAUAAAAAUAGAUUUUAUGCAAAAAAAAACUUAACUUUAAAAAAAAAUUAACAAAGAAAAACUUAAAAUUUGGAACAUUAGUUAAGAUGAAGAUUUAACGCCCGGCAGAUUUUUGUAACAGUGGACACAAGCCAACAAGUUUUAGGAAGAUUCAAAUUUUCAAUAAGAAUUUUAAAAUGUUUAAAUUAAAAUUAUUUUUUUUUCCAUAUUUUAGAUAACGUGCCGUUAAUGUUAUUAUUGUAGGUUUGUUUAUAAGGCCCCACUGUGCUUGAGAUAACUGCAGGGUUGUAAAUUUGUAUCUUAUUAAUAAUAUACAGAAUUAUAGCUUAUUUUUGUUAAAUAUUUCAACAUAGAAAUUAUAAAAAAAUUAAUAUAAAAUUGUUUUUUAUCAAAAUUUCAACCAUUUUCCAAAAGUAAUUUUAAAAUGCAACACCUUGUUGAAAGCUUUACUACUCUAAAUAGACAUCUUGAUGAAAGCUUUUUCGUUUCACAGUAUCAUCAACAUUUUUAAAAAUUCUGGAACUAUGUAUAUUAUAAGUCCUACUACGCUCAAAGAACUAAAAAGCUCUCAAAGCAAAAAGCUUAAAGCUUUUGAAAGUUCUCGCAGACUUAAGCUCAAAUAACUUGAGUAAUUUUAUUUAGAAUUUAAUAAACUCAACAUUCUCAAUGAUCAUGUCUUGGCAAGUUUAGCAAAAAGCUUUACAAGUUAGUUUAAAAGCUCUCUUUGGACAUUGUUGUCAGUUUGGUUUACAGCUCAUAAUUUUUAUAAAAGCUUUAUCUUUCAAAAAUGUAUAAUAAGGAUCACAGGUCUUGUAGGAUAUGUUUAAGAGAUGUGACAACAGAUUUUAUUAAUGGCAUCCUUGAAUACUUUACAAAAAGCUUUAUUUUUUAACGAUAUACAGGGUAGCGGAAAGCUCUUUGACUACGCUGUUUUAUCACUAGAUAUUGUUUAUUGAGGAAAAUGUGCUACGAAACCAUUCUAAAGACUCUCAAAGAACUUCAAGGUGGCCAAAAGCUCUUAACCUAACUUGCAGAAGUUAGUUAAUAGCGUGAACCCUCACUUGCUAUUAACUUCGGGAGUUCCGGCUUCAAAAUUUUUCAUUAAUAUUCCUUACAGGGACGUUAUCGAAAUGGUCCACUCCAUAACGUUAAAUAGUUAUCGUAAAAGCUCUAUAAGAACUUUUAGUAAUUCAACAGAUUAUUAAUGCCGAUAUCAGUCUAAAAUAUAUUAAAAUUUUUCUUGGAAUCUUUGCACUCAUUCACUAAUUCGUUGAGAAUCACAAUUUAGAAUUAUUUGACGGUUUAAAGGCAUUUGCUGUGAAUUUCGUAAGUCCGUUCAGGUUAGGAUUUAAGUCUUCCAUUAAACAUUUUCGUUUGUCGAGUUAACUCAAAUGUUAAAAUACACCAAAAAUUUAAUUUUCCUUUAGCCCAAUAGAACAUCAGCAGAAUGGACUAAGAUGAAGAUUAACCAUCGGCAGAGAAUAAACUCUAUGAUUACUUGUUCACGAACGUUUGAAAGCUAGAGUGUAAAA